GAGUAGAUAACUUGGACAGUGGCUGUGGAAUAUAUGCAUCCGACCCCGAAGCUUAUGAGACAUUCGCUGCAGUCUUCGAUCCCUUGAUCAAGGAUUAUCAUCGCAAGGAGGAAGUUGCUCACCCCCAGUCCAACUUUGGUGAUCCUGAAAAUCUUGGAAUUGGAGAUGCUGAUCCAGACAACCAGUUUGUUGUGUCAACCAGAAUCCGUGUUGGUCGCUCUGUCAAAGGAAUUCCUUUCCCACCAUGCAUUACAAAUGAGCAAAGGCAGGAGGUUGAGACUAGAGUUUGUGAAGCUCUGAAUACAAUGCCUGGUGAGCUGGCUGGCAAAUACUACUCACUCACCAAGAUGACUCCAGAAGAGAACCAGACUCUAAUCGAUGACCAUUUCCUUUUCAAGAAUGAUGACAGGUUCCUCGAGUCUGCUGGAGGAUACAAAGCCUGGCCAGAGAGUCGUGGAAUUUUCCACAAUGACAGCAAGACAUUCCUGGUCUGGUUGAACGAGGAGGAUCACAUCAGAAUCAUUUCAAUGCAGAAGGGAGGAAAUAUUGAUGAAGUCUUUGCCAGACUGAUUAAGGCUGUAAACCACAUCCAAGAUAAUGGAGGUAUUGAGUUUGCACGCACAGAUCGCCAUGGUUACCUUACAUUCUGCCCCACAAACAUUGGCACCACCCUACGUGCCAGUGUGCAUGUUAAGAUCCCUCUGGCCAGUAAGCAUGCAGACUUCAAGGAAUUCUGUGAGAAGAGGUUCUUGCAACCAAGAGGUAUCCAUGGAGAACAUACAGAGAGUGUUGGAGGUGUGUAUGACAUAUCUAACAAGGGACGUAUGGGCAUGACGGAGUUUGACGCUGUUAAAAUCAUGGCUGAUGGUGUCAGAGAUCUCAUUGCAUGGGAGAAAGAACUCAUGGCCUCUAGUGAAGGAACUGCUGAACCCGAGGAAGCUGCACCUGCAGCAGAAGCUGCUGUAGUAGCAACUGAAGCUACAGAAGAGAAAGUAGAUGAACCAGCAGCAGAAGAGCCUGCAAAACCAGCAGAUGAGGAGGCUGGUGGGGAACAGUGUUCACUCUCUGGUGAUGAUAUGAUCAAAAUCUUGGUUGACUCCAGUUCUAAGUCUCUGCUGAAGACAUAUCUCACACAGGCUGUGUAUGACAAAGUGAAAGACCGCAAGACUGCUCUUGGAGGCACUAUUGCUGACUGCAUGAGAUCAGGUGUUGAGAAUCUGGACUCUGGCACUGGCAUCUAUGCCUGUGACCCUGAGGCUUAUGAGACCUUCAAAGAGGCAUUUGACCCCAUCAUUAUGGACUAUCACAAAUGCAAGUCUAUUGCCCAUCCUGAGGCUGGACAGUUUGGAAAUACGGAUGAUCUUGGUUUCACUGAUCUAGACCCUGACAACAAAUAUGUUGUUUCCACUCGUGUACGUGUAGGGAGAUCAUGUGAGGGAUACGCUUUCCCACCCACUAUCAAAACAGAGGCACGUGAGGAGAUGAAGUGUAAGAUGGUGGAGGCAUUUGAUACAUUCGAGGGAGAGCACAAGGGCAAGUACUACCCACUAGAGGGUAUGUCACCCGAGGACCAAAAGAAACUUACAGAGGAUCAUUUCUUGUUUAAUGACUCUGACAGGUUCCUGAAAUCAGCUGGAGGCUACAAUGACUGGCCCAAGUCUCGUGGAAUCUACCACAAUGACAACAAGACAUUCUUGGUGUGGUGUAAUGAGGAAGACCACAUCAGGAUUAUCUCCAUGCAGAUGGGAGGCAACUUGGGAGAGGUUUACAGUAGACUGGUAGCUGGAAUCAAACACAUGGAGAGCAAGACCAAGUUUGCUACCAACCCCAGACUGGGCUAUCUAACAUUCUGUCCCACCAACCUUGGAACUACAUUGAGGGCCAGUGUCCAUGUUAAGAUCCCACUCUUUUCACAGCACAAGGACUUCAAUAAGAUGUGUGCCAGUUGGAAUCUACAACCAAGAGGUAUCCAUGGUGAACACACAGAGUCAGUAGGUGGAGUUUAUGACAUCUCCAACAAGAGACGUCUUGGUCUCACAGAGUACCAGGCUGUCAAAGAAAUGGCUGAUGGCGUCAUGAAAGUCAUUGAAAUGGAGAAAAAAUUGGAAAGUGGUGAAAAGAUCUAAUGCUGUAAGGUCACACCCAUACCUAAAGGAGUCUAAAUGUCCCACAAAACUUGUUUACUAACAUAGUUAAAGCACUAGGCCUAUUUAUUUAUUACUUAUUCAAAGUAGAAAAUGAAAACAUUUUAAGGAAAGAUGUUUGAACUUGUGACUUUUUCAAUCUUACAUUUCUGUAUUCUCAGUAAAUUCUACUUAUCAUAUUGGGACUUGAAAGUAUGAGAGCAAUUGUAGAUGAAGUAUUAGGAAAGUUGUGUAAUGAUAUUGCCAAAAAUGUAGAUUUUGCCUGGUCAGGAAUUAGGCCAUAAAAUUUUGAAUUAUUUAUUAGUGAUAUUAAAAUAUUGUGCAUGUGUAUGUGUUUGAAAGAGCUCGGGGCAGUGCUAUUGGGAUCUGUUUAUGGUGAGCUUGUGCAGUCUUGAGUGUGUAGCGAUUAGUGUGUCUUGUAUAAGAUAUAUGCAGCAUGCAUUG